UCUAAUUCUCGUUUCUCUUAUCAAAAACAAUACCUUGGUAGGUGAACAAAUAUAAAUUUCUGAAAGUUGCGAACCUGAAUACAUAUCAAAAGAUCUUCUCAACUCAACUAACUUUUGUGAACGGGAUAAAUAUGACUUUUAAAGUAUGGCUGUGGUUGGGACUUUUAGUGUUGGGAGUGAGUGCUAUGGUUCCAGAAGAUUACAGAGACACUUAUCAAAACCAAAAGUAUGGAGAUUUUAUUGGAGAUAUCAUAAAUGGAACAAUGAACAAGAUUUUACGGAAUAUUUCUGAUUCUGUACAUUUACCGUCUAUUGCUGUAGUUUUCAAAAAUAACAGUCUAAUAAGUGGUGGACUCAAUGUAACAAACUUCAAAAUAGACGGACUGCCGAACAUUGUAGCGAGCGAAAUAAGUUACAAUAUAUUCAAUUCCAAAUUAAAUAUGACCAUCCUAGUUCCAGACAUCGAUAUCGGUUUUGGGUAUUGGGCAGACAUAGGCAUUGGCGAACUCAUACCAUUUUAUGGAGCUGGAAGAAAUAACAUCUACUCGAAACUCAUAACUAUUAAUGUGAACGGAUGCGCUAAAUUGGUUCAGAUGGCAGAAAUCAUAGCCGGAGAAUGCAGAAGGUUGUCAUUCAUAGCUAACUGCGUUUGCUUGAAGCACAUGAUUCUCGGACCCAUUGCUCACUCACCCCAUGGUGUGGGGGGUAGUCAUUGGUUGAUAAUACUGGCGCGUCCUCCCGAAUGUAUCUGGGUUUCAGGAACCAGUCCCCGACCAGCGAAACCUCGGGAAAAAAAUAAUGCUGCCAAUGAUAAUAAUAAUAACAUUCAGUCAAAGGCUAUUGCUAACCACCAAGCAGCAUUGCCUUGA